CUGCCGUCUGUCUGCUGCAGCCUCAGGAGUGUGUGUGUGUGUGUCCGCUGUCAGUGUGUGUAUGUGUGUGUGUGUGCGUGUGUGGCGUCGUCGUUAUGGUUCUGAUCGGAGCGGCCAUCAAAUCCGUCCUCAAAUAUCUUAACAAGACCAGAGCAGGGGACAGGGACAGUAAGUGGUCUGUUCACUACACUACCCAGAAGCCCCAGCAGGGUCUGCUCUUCGUCCCUGGAAAGAGACGGUCCGGCAGCGCUGAUGACCUUCGAGGUCAGAGGUUGACAGGAAGCAGCGUCUCAGCAUGUAACGGGCUGACUCAGCAUGGUUACAGCCGAACAGUCGGUUCUCAGCUGCACCCGCCCGGCCCCACCCCCCGCCCAUCCUCCUCUGGCCUCGACCAAUCAGAGGGCAGCAAAGCGCGCAGAGGGUGGAAGGACAAAAGCAGGAGGAUGUCCUCAGCGUGCUCAGAUGAAGAGGAGAGGUUCAUCUUGAACAACACGCGACCUCUGACCCCCCUGGUCCUCAACCCCGUCCACCGCACCUCCUGUUGGGAAGUCUUUGCCCCCACUUAUGAGCUGACAGCGGACACGGAGAUAGAGCCGACCCCCCGGCUUCCGACUCCAGAGGAGAGGAUGAGGCAGCAGGCGGAGGCAGUCCCAGCUGAUAUAGUCCCAAUCAAUAUAACAGGAGCAAGUUUUGAUCGUCAGGCCAGCUUUCGAAAAGUGGUUUCUAACACCGACUCGUUAUCCCGGCAACCCCGCAACCUGAGCCGCCGCAAGACAGUAACCGGGGUACCUGAUGAUGUCAGCAGGAAACGUGACUCUCCUUCGGUUUCUUCCAUUCUUCCUGGUCAGUUCUCCACCGUUGGUCGAACUGCCUCAUCCUCCUGCAACUCUGCCCACCAACAGGAGAACAAAGGGGAGGAGGUGGAAAGGGGAGAGGUCAGAGUGGAGGGGCAGGUCCCAGCAAGGAGGAUCCGAGCCCCAAGAGGAAGGGGAAUGUCCAGCCUCAUGGCCUCUCUUACCUCCUGCCCACCCGUCGACUACUCUUCAUCCUCCUCAGAGGUCCACAGCCUCCCCCGCAUGGCAACCAACUCCUCCCUGAACUCUGAGGCCAGCUGUAGCAGUGCCUCCUACAGGACACUCAGUGCCUCCUCCUCUUGUUGCCAGUCGCAGGAUCUACAGGGUUUCCCCAGCGACCUCCAGCCCCUGCUGCCCUUUGACCCCACUGCCAGAGUCAUCCCCCAGUCUCCCUCCUCCUCCUCCUCUUCUUUACCUUCCUCCCCAGUCACCUCCUCCCUCCCCAGUACCCCCAGCCGUGCCCUGCAACCAGAGUGGUCUUACCCUAGCAAUAAGUCCCUGAAUGAGGCUGCCCAACAUCGCAGUUCCCUGUCCUCCUCCCACUACCUCUCUUCCUCUUCCAUCGCGGAGUCUGAGUCAGGGUUUGGCUACCAGACUCUGGAUGACCAGACCCCCACCCAGCAAGAGACGUGGAACUACCAGCCCCUGUCUCCCAGCUCCAGCAUCCAUAGCAGCCAGACCGGGAGUGACUGGACAGGCAUUACCCAGGAAAUGAGAUGUGUUUCUGGGGAAGGUUGGAGCUGCGAUCCCCUGCUUUCCUCUGGUCGCUCCACCCCCUCUCACGCUGACUGCAACUCUUUGUGUUCAGAGAAGAGGCCCACCUCUCCCUUGCUAAAUUGGGAGAAAAGAAAGCACAGCACUUCCUCUUCAUACUCGUGCAGCAGCACACGCAGCAUCUCCCUCCGCAAGUCCAAGCGCCCGCCUCCUCCGCCAUUGCGCUCUGACUCUCUGAGGCGCCGCCCGGGUCGUAGCAAACCCUCCCGCUCCUCCUCUAGUCCCCGUCCGGUGUGGAGCCCCCACCUGGAGCACACCACCCAUCAGACCCCUGCAUCAUCCCCACAGACCUUUGAUGACCCCUGGGUACCCCGAAGCAGCACCAAAAGACGCCAGAGUGGGUUUAACUGUGGGACAGUAACAACCUUUGAACCUCUAAGCCCUGACUGCCAGGCGGCUACCUCCACUGAUGAUCCUACUACUGAACAGCUACUGCCGAGCUCCGGGCACCCACAUGCCCACGUCUUCACUCCUGAGUCUCCAGGCUCAGAGGAGGGGCUAAAACUUUCUCUCAACCCCCAACCAGCUGCCUCUUCUGUGGCCGGGCUUCAGCGCCUUGCUUCACCAUCCAGUGGCUACUCCAGCCAGUCCAACACCCCUACACCUGGCACUCCUGUGUCCUCCCCCCUCUCCCCCUCCUCGCCUCUCGCAGCAAGCCCUGGAGCCUUCUCCCUCCCCCCGACCUCCCCCUUCUCCUCUUUACACUCAUCUUCCUUCCCCCUGUGCCCUGCCGUCUCCUCCGUGCCCAGGGUGAUGUCUCAGGCCGAAGGGAAGCCGAAGCCACCGGUGCCAGAGAGGAAGUCGUCACUCUUCUCAUCCCUGUCCUCCUCAUUUUCCUCCACCUCCUCCCUCUCCUCUUGCACCUCCUCAGACUCCUCUGCCAAGCAUCCUCUUCUCCCCGCCCCACCUCCUCCUCCUCCUCUACCAAAGUCUUCCUCUCCUUCGCCUCCUGUCUUCUACUCCCCCUUUCCCGAGUCCCUUCCUCCACCUCCUCCUCUUCCUCAGCCCUGCCAGCCUGCUCCUUCCUUCACCAAACUCUCUGCUGCUCCUCCUCCUCUACCAUCAUCCCUUCCUCCUCCACCUCCCCCACCUCCUCCCCCUCCUCCUCUUCCACCCUCAUCCCUCCCUAGUCCUCCUCCUCUACCUCCUUCCUCACGGCCUCCUCCUCCCCCCUACUCCUACACUGUCAGACAGACCUCCCACGGUCUUGUGUCCACCACGUCAUCAUCAACCAACUUCCCUCCUCCACCAACCUCUCCCCCUCUGCCCCCAUCUUCUCCUCUCCCUCCCUCGUCAGAACUCUCAGAAUUGCCAAUUGCUGAUCUUCCUCCACCACCACCACCACCUCCUCCUCCUCUCCCCGCAUCCCCUGCCACCCCCCUUUCCCCACCAGGCCUUGGCAAGUCCCCAAACCUCUAUGUUAAAGUGGCCACGACCCCCUGCCCUCUGGUCACUGCCCAAGCUUUGCAGGGUGUCAAACUCCGCUCCAUCAAGAACGAAAAAGGUCUCACUAGCAUCAUGCUAACUGAUGCUGCAUCUGCUGAUGCUACACCACAUAACCAAGCUGACACAUUGUCAGCUGAUGCUAAUCAUGCUAAUACUCUCCCUGAUCUACCAAACAAAGAAGUUCCUCCAGGCAGUGCUGCGCUGGCUAAUGCUAAUCUUGAUAGCCAGGCUAGCACUGAAGAUACACUAGUUGGAGCUGGAUCACAAAAUGCUGCCUGUCAUCUCUGGAGCAAUGAACCCAACAUAACUUUAACAGGUAAUGCUAAUGUCAAUUGCCCUGCUAAUGGUUUUGCAAAGCGACCUGGAUGCAAAUCUGAUCAUGAUAACCACAACCUUCACAACCUUACAAAACGUGAUGUGGGGACAUCCAAAGAAGAGUCAUCUUAUACUAAUCUAGUGAGCAUAGGAGGCAUUGCCGCUAGCCCAGCUAACCAAAGAUGCUCUGGGCCGAAGGUAACCAACGGGGAAACUCCUCAAGACAUCCAGUACAAUGAACAGGAGAAGGAAAACUCAGUCCCCAGCUCAGAUAGUCCCUGGGUCAAAAUGCCUUGUGGUGCUGACAUAAACCACAAAAACACAAUUAUUCAACAUCCGUUUUUGCACCAACCGGUCACGGAUAUAACAGUGCCAGACACUAAGCUAACUGUAGAGAAACAGGGAAACACAGACUCUUCGUACUGGACCCUCUCUGGAACAAAACAAGAGUCUCACAGAGAAGGCGGAACAACACUGUCAGAGAGCAGAGAUGAGAUAGAGACACAUGAUAAGAAUAAUUCAGAAAUAUGGAACGGUGCAGCUGAUGAGGUUUCAGCAGCAUAUAGGGAUCUUAAACAGAGUAAUAGGAUCUGUCAGCCAGGAAGCUCAAGGAAACUCCGCUCCCCAGAGAAGCCGACCCUGCCAAAGAAGCCCAAUCUUUGCAUUUUGGGUCUCAUGCCAUCCCCUGAGGCCACCCAAGGACCAGGUGGGUGGAAGAGCGGUGGACAAAUCACAGCACCUUCUCCUGGGCUCAACAGCCAAUCACAGCUUCCCGCUGAUUCCUUAUGCACACUGUUGCACAGACACCUGACCCCGAGUUCACCUUCACAAAAGCACCUGACUUGCACCGCUGUUGACAAAACGAUUACUCCUGACAAAUCAGUGACGCAAACUUUACCAUCAACUGAUGACACUGUUUCACCUGUAAACACAACACCUGCCAACGUCACCGCACACUCACCUGCCAGCUCCCCUCAAAGGCAGAAGCCACCAAUUUUGCACAAGAAGCCGGAUGUCUCAUCGACUUCACCCAAAACAAACAAACUACUCACUGCAGCUAAAGAUAAAGGGGAGGCAUCACGAGGCACCACCGGGACCAGAAGCACCUUAGGGACCAUCUGCGCCACAGGGAUCAUGGCUACCACAAGGGCUAGGAACACUUUAAAUGGGACCAUGGAGAACUGUGGUACCUCAGGAACUUGGGGAACCUCUGAGACCUGUAGCAUCUACAGGAACUCAUGGGUGUGUGGAGCUACCUCCACCCAGAAUGGUAGCACCCAAACUGGGGCAACAGACCCCUGGAUCAUCAAGACAAGACUUCAUAAGGACAAUGAGAGAAUGUUUCAUAAGAGCAUUAUGAGAUCAUCGCUGGCUGAAGAUGAAGAGGAAGAGGAGCAGGAGAGGGUGGAAGAGAGGGAGAUGAAGACAACGGGGAUGAUGAUGACGUCUUCCACCGCAAGGAAAAAGGACAAAGCAAGGAAGAGGAGGAAGAGGAGGGCAGGCAGGAAGCUGCUAAUGAUGUCAUCAGCAAUGGAACCCUCCCCCUCUUCAUCGUCAUCAUCAUCAUCCUCAUCAUCUUCAUCCUCAUCUGGAGAUGAACAAGAUGUGGUGAAAGAGAGAACGAUGCCAACAAGUCAGAGGAGGAGGACAAAGACAGUAUGCAAUCAAGACACCAGUGACUCCGAGAGCUCCUGCACUCUGAUUGGUCAAAGCAGGUGCUCCCUCAGCAGUGCGCUGUCCACCGACAGCUUGCAGGGGGAGCUGUCGCUUCCAGACCUCCUGAUACAGGAGGAUGAAGAGGAAAGGAGGAGCAAGGAGGGAGCAGACAGUAGGAGGGAGGUGGUGAAGGAGGCCCAAGGACCUCCAGAUGCCGAUGUGUUCGUCAGUGUUUCGGCAGAUCAGAUGUUUGUCUCCAGUCGACCACGGACGACAGAGGAUCUGUUUGCUGUCAUCCACAGGUCUAAGAGGAAGAUGCUUGGAAGAAGGGAUGCAGAAGAUGGUAGGCUCCGUAUCUCGUCUUCUUCCUCCUCUUCUGUUUCUCCUUCGGACACACCCUCUGUCCCUCUUGCCCGUCUUACCCGACCUGCAGCACUCAGAGAUCAAAGGUCAGCGAGAAGUGAAAGCUUUAAGGCCCUGCUGCUGAGGAAGGGUAGUCGGUCUGAUUCAUCGUCUCGAAUCUCGGCUGUUGAACGGCUUGGCAUACUUGCUGCUCCUGCUGCCAUUGGUGACCUUCAGAGUGUGUCGCCACUGCCACCGCCACCGCCACCGCCACCAGACCUCCCUCAAGACAAACCCAUGAGCGUGUCCUGUACCUCAGAUACAUGUGACACUAAUACCCACCUCACUCUGGACGCACCUUUGUCCACAACGUCUCUGUGCAAUCAGAGCUUCUCCAUGAUUGGAUUCGGAUGGGGGCAAAGGGAUCUGAGCCACAAUGACCUCCUCCUCUCCUCCUCCUCCUCCUCUCAUUUCCUCUUCCUCUCCUCCUCCUCCUUGCGGCCUCGCUCCCUCACUCCCCCUUGCUCAUCCAGUCGGCGCUUUGCAGCUCGCUGCCGCCUCUACGCUGCCCCUAUGACAGCCAUCUUCGAAGGGGACAGUGAGGAGGAGGAAGAGGACGACGACGAGGUUUUCAUGAAGUCUCCAGGAACCGAAGGAGAAUCGAGCCAGAGGUUGGUCAAGACUUCCUGAUGGACAGGCGACAUUUAGAAACGCAGCUGCGAUGUGGAUCCGACAGGAAGUCCAUGGAGCAUACCUGCGUGAUGCACCUUCACCAGAAAGUCCUCCCUGAACGUGACAAGGUCUGGGUCUUCAUCUGACUAAUCAGGUUCACAAACAUGUCGCGCUGAACUCAGCUGACCUCCACCGGACUGACUUACAGCCUGAAGCAUCUUACUGAAUGUACCGAAGCACACUCGGUGACUCUCAGACUUGUCACUAGCAGCCACACUGAUGUGUCAGAAAACUACAGAAGCCUGGAAAGGACACUCCUGUGGUUACUCAAGUUGUUCCCUUAAGAUUGUGGAACCAUGAUCUCAAGAAAACAAAUACUUGUUAACUUUACCCCCAGCACCUCGAGUUUAUACACUUUAAUUUAAACUAUGGUUAUUAUCCUGCUUUUUGUAUUUUGCUUGAUUUAGUUUUUUGUUUUCCUACUCGCACAGAUGCUGAACUCACUUUCUUAUUUUGUUUGUUACUCAGUUUGUUUUACUAUCUUGCACCAGUGAGAAAUCUAAAUUAUCCAUCCUCGGUCCAGUGAACAGAUUUCCGUCUGACCAAAGAGGACGUGGAAUUAUCUCAGAUCUGGACAUAAGAAGCAUUUUCUUGAGAUCACAGAGUGAAUGUUACAAUAAUUAUAAUAUUGUAUAAUAAUAACAAUGUGUAGGCAUUUAUAUUGUAAAAGUUUUCAUGACGUCAUAAAGAAACUUCAGAUCCAUCAGAUCCGACAUUUAACAGAUUAUAAUGAGGUAAAUUCAGCAGUUUAAAGAUAGAGUCUCUGAUUCUAUUAAUAAUACCACUCAAAUCCCAAACUAACACACGCGCUCCUUCAAAAGCUCCACCCCACUAAUUCAUGGACACACAUUGCCAAGGUCACGACAGUUUGGUUUAGGCAACAGAACUACUUAAUUAGGAAAAAAUUGCAGAUGUCACUAAAAAGAAAAAGAGGCUUUGAGCAGCUUGAACGCGGCUGGAAAGGCUGCGGUGUGUCGUUACAAAAUACCCGGCUUAAGGUUUGUUGCUACAAAACACUUGCCUUUAGGUGAUUCAAACGUGGCUUGAAAUGCAGCGAUGCGUUGCUACAAAACACCCAACUUUUAGGUGUGUUGCCACACAACUCAACUUUUCAACAGCUACAAAACACAACGCUACUGAUCAAGCCACGUUAGCUUCAGUGGUUGCAGUGUGUAGCUAUAAAACAAUAGGUUUGAGUAACUUAAACACAGCUCAGUGGUGGUAUGUCGCUACAAAACACCCAGCGUUGAGGUGUGACACUACAAAACACCCGGGUUUGAGGUGGGUCGCUAUAAAACACUCGGCUUUAAAUUACUUAAAUGCAAUGGUAAACGGCUGUGCUGUCUAACUACAAAACCAUCGACUUGAGGAGCUCAAAUGCAGCUGAAAAUGCGGUGGUAUGUUGCUACAAAACACCUGGCUUUGACAUGUUUUGCUAUAAAACGGCCAGCUUUUAGGUUUGUUGCUACAAAACACUCAACUUUGAGUGGCUUAAACGUGGCUUGAAUGGCUGCAGUGUGUAGCUACAAAACAAUUGGCUUGAGUAGCUCAAAUGCAGCUGAAAAGGCAGUGGUAUGUCGCUACAAAACACCUGGCUUUGAGCUGUGUUGCUAUAAAACACCUGACUUUGAGGUGGGUCACUCCAAAUCACCCGGGUUUCUAGUAUGUUGCUAUAAACACUCAGCUUUGAGGUACAUUGCUAUAAAACACCUGGUUUUGAGUGGCACGAACUUAAUUUGUCAGUGUGUUGGACCAGAAUCAUAAACUCCACCUUUAAGCGCUAAGUUCUAAUCAUCCGAUCCUGAUUUGGGACGUUUCGAUCAGUCCGUCGUGACAUCACAUCCGAACACAAACACAUCCUGGCUGCAUAGUUUUCAAAAAAACUCAAACAAACUGGAUGUUUUUGUUUAUUCUGAUUAUUUCAAACAUUUUUGACGUCAUGCUAAGCUUCUUCUCAUUUUUAUAUGUUGUUACCAGCUGUAAGCUGAGACGCUCAUGACUGAGGGAUGUAGUUUGUCCUGAACUGUAAAUAACUCGUCUGUUUCUCUCAUGUUGCUUCUUCUACUUCUUCUGCUGCUGGAUCUUCACUUAUCGUAGCAUCUUCUUUGGUAAUGAGUCAGUUUCAAGCCUCAAAUCAGAUUAAUUUUAUAAACAGGAGUAGCAGAUAGUGAGAAGACGUAGUGGUCAGAAAGAUGAUGUAACUUUUAAGGUCGAGGCUUUGAAUUUAGGAACAUGAUUAUUGUGUGUGUGAAUGUCAGAGGUUCAGAUUUACUCUAUUAACAGUGACAUUAAUAAAGUUUAACGAGAACGAUGGAAAGAGAACGUGAGAGAAGAACAGUGACUGAAAACUGUUUGUUGGAGGUUGAAAGGUGGAGAUCAUGAAACAGAAAACGUAAAUGUAAAUAAAGAAAAGUGGAAGCAAUAAA